CAUAAGUCAAAUAGUAAAUACUUGUUCAGCGUUCUGAGGUUCUUUGGGUGCAAGUUUAAUCAUUGAUUGCUAAAUUAUUAUAACUUGUUAGAAAGAAAAAGAGAAUAAAUAAUAAUGGGAGUUGAUAUUUUAAGUUUCGCUUAUGCCGCUACUGUAGCUGCUGGUGGUAUCAUGGGCUACGCGAAAGCAGGCUCAAUUCCAUCAUUGGGUGCUGGAAUAAUUUUUGGAUCAAUAUUGGGUGUUGGUGCGUAUCAGCUCAGUCAGGAUCCAUCAAACUACACAUUAAUGUUGGGUACAACAACAACUCUUGGUGGACUCAUGGGUUACAGGUAUUACAAUGGCAGGAAGUUUAUGCCAGCCGGUCUAGUAUUUUGUCUAUCAGUGGGAAUGCUAACAAAAUUAUUGGUAAAAAAUGUAACAGCGAGUCCUAUGUCAGUGAAAUCAAAUUAAAUGCACUCUAAAAAGUGUUUUACAUUCAGUGUUCGAUUAUACUACUAAGUUGAUAUACUUCUGAAUGAUUAUCAUAUCUCUGACAGUUUUUAUAUGCCAGGUUUAAAGGUUAGCUGGAACAACUGGUUUUAAGGUUUUCUGUUUGUGUAUAUUAUUGUGAAAGGAAAAACUGUAAGACUAAAUAAUAAACCCUCUGUUAAAAUAUCUUUUCUGGAUAAAAUGUAACUCUAAAGCAAAAUCAGCCUGGUUUGAUAAUGAAAUGACUAAACUAUUUUAACUAAUGUUAAAGUAUAUGUAAUUAUUACUGGAAUAAUAUUCAAUUUGUGUUAUUAUAUUAUUGAGUCGAAUGUUUUAUAUGUUGUAUAUUUAUGUUGAUGUAAAAAUAUAGGUGAUGGGAUUUAGUAUUCUCGUAAGCGGAUAAUAAAAACUCAAUGGUCAUAUUC